CACAAAACAAAAUUACUACAUUUCAUUAAAAUCAUUCAAGUAAACACACAUAAAGGAGCCAUGGGUGCAGGAGGAAGAGGAAGAUCGUUGUCGUCUUCACCCGAGUCUGAGAAGAAUCCCCUUGACAGAGUCCCGUGUUCGAAGCCAAACUUCUCCCUGAGUGAUAUCAAGAAUGCAAUUCCUCCCCAUUGCUUCAAGCGGUCCGUUAUUCGGUCGUUCUCAUAUGUCCUCUUUGACUUGGUCAUGGUCGCGCUCUUCUACCACAUUGCCACUACUUAUAUGCAUUUGCUACCGUACCGUUACCGCUACCUGGCGUGGCCUGCUUAUUGGAUUCUCCAAGGUUCCGUUGGCACGGGGGUUUGGGUUUUAGCCCACGAAUGCGGGCACCAUGCUUUUAGUGAUCACCAGUGGUUGGACGAUACUGUGGGUCUCGUCCUCCACUCUGCUCUUCUGGUCCCAUACUUCUCUUGGAAGUAUAGCCACCGCCGCCACCACUCCAACACGGGGUCUCUGGAGCGAGAUGAAGUCUUCGUCCCAAAGACAAAGACCAGAAUCUCGAGGUUCUAUAAGUACUUGAACAACCCCCUAGGGAGGGUUUUGACCUUAAUGGUCACUCUCUCCAUGGGUUGGCCUUUGUACUUGGCAUUCAAUGUCUCGGGGAGGCCUUACGACCGGUUUGCAUGCCAUUAUGACCCGUAUGGCCCGAUCUUCAAUGCCCGUGAGAGGCUCCAAAUAUUCAUAUCGGAUGUGGGGAUCAUUGCCAUGUCAUACGUUCUGUACCGCUUGGCCCUACUCAAAGGGGUAGGUUGGGUUGUCUUCUACUAUGGGGUGCCUUUGCUCGUCGUCAAUGUGUUCCUUGUCUUGAUCACUUACUUGCAGCACACACAUCCGGCGUUGCCGCACUACGACUCGUCUGAGUGGGAUUGGCUGAGGGGCGCGUUGGCAACCGUGGACCGAGACUAUGGGGUGCUUAACAAGGUCUUCCAUAACAUAACCGACACUCACGUCGCACACCACCUCUUCUCCCACAUGCCACAUUACCAUGCCAUGGAGGCGACCGAGGCAAUCAAGCCGGUUCUUGGGGAGUACUACCGGUUUGAUGAUACCCCGUUCUACAAGGCGAUUUGGAGGGAGGCCAAGGAGUGUUUGUAUGUUGAGGAGGACGAGGGCGCUGCAGGAAAGGGUGUGCUUUGGUAUAGGAACAAGCUUUGAUGAAUCAGUUGUUCCUUGUGGAAGUUAAAGUUUUAAGGUUGUUUUGUAUGUGCUUCACUGGGAAAGAGUGUAAUGUUCUUUUUCCUUUGUGUUGCCUUAAUGCCCAUUAUUAUAUUUCAAUAUAUAAUCACAAAACAGUGAGAGUUGGCUGCUAAUAUUAAAAAUUAAAUAAUGCUCUUGGGCUUUU